AUGAAUGAAGAGCAGGAGGGUGGAGAGCUGGAUGGAGGUGGUGCGGAGUGUCUACACCCAGUAAGAUCAUCAGCAGCUUACAGAGAUCUGAUAGCUCUGGUUUUCACUAACUACGGCACGGAACAGAGCAAGAACCCCACAAACUCCUUCAAGAACGUCUAUGUGUACCAUGAUCUCGACGAGCCCGGUACUUCCACCCCACUACGAAGUCUCAGAGGACGGGUGCAGGAGGUGGAUGCUCUGCGUGGGUCUAAAGGGGCGGAGCUGGCAGCUGAGACCAUGGGCAGUGGGGAGACCUCUCUGGGUGCCGCCUUGUGGUGUUGUGCCAAUCUGUACAGCGACAUCAAACUGCGGCUGUCCCACAAGCGCCUCAUGCUCUUCACCUGCAGAGACGACCCACACGGAGGGACAGUGCCAAGGACCGAACAAGCCCGCACCAAAGCCGGAGACCUCAAAGAGACCGGUGUCGUCAUUGACUUGAUGCAUUUGAUGAAGCCAGGAGGCUUUGAUGUCUCGCUGUUUUUCCGGGACGUCAUUAGUCCACCAGAGGACGAGAGCGAGCUGGGGUUGCAGCUGGAGCCUUGUGACAAACUGGACGAUCUCCAGAAGAGAGUGAGGGCGAAGGAGCAGAAGAAACGUGCCAUGGCCAGCUGUGUCUUGGGUGGCGAGGUCAAAAUAGCGGUGGGGGUUUAUGCUACUGCUGUUCAAGCUCGAAAACCUGGAGCCAUCAAACUGUACCAAAAAACCAACGAGCAAGUCCGCAGUAAGAGCCGCAUCUUCCACACGCAGACCGGGAGUCUCCUGCUGCCCAGUGAAAUAAAGAAGGCCCAGGUGUACGGGAAAAAGCAGAUUGUGCUUGAGAAAGACGAAGUGGACUCCUUGAAGAAGUUUGGCGAUCCCGAGUUGUACCUGAUGGGCUUCAAACCUAUGGAAAAGCUCAAAGUGCAUCACCACAUCCGCCCGUCCGUCUUCAUCUACCCAGAGGAGGGCGAAGUCAAAGGGAGCUCGUGUCUGUUCUCCGCUCUCCUGAAGAACCCCCCGCGCUUUGUGGCCCUAGUGCCCCAAGAGGAGGAGCUGGACCAGGGCCACGUCCAAGUCACACCUCCAGGAUUCAAUGUCAUCUAUUUGCCGUUUGCCGAUGACGUGCGGACCCUGGACCCCCCUCAGAGCCCGUGUGCCUCUCAAACUCAGGUGGAUAAGAUGAAGGAGAUCAUCACCAAACUUCGCUUCAAAUACAGGAGUGAUGCGUUUGAGAAUCCGGUCAUCCAGCAGCACUACAGAAAUCUGGAGGCUCUGGCUUUGGACAUGACUGCCCCGGAAGAAACGGAGGAUCUCAUCUUGCCUAAAGUGGACCAAAUGGACCAGCGCCUUGGCAUUCUCGCGGAUGAGUUCAGACAAAUGGUUUACCCAGACCACUACAAUCCAGACGCCAAACCAGGAGCAAAACGUAAAACUGAGACCAACGGCGGUGGAGCUGAGAAGAAACCCAAAGUCGAGGUUCCGGAGGACGAACUCCGAGCCCACGCCACGAAUGGGACCCUGGGAAAGCUAACCGUGCCUGUGCUGAAGGACGCAUGCAAACAGUUUGGGAUCCGCACCACAGGAACCAAGAAGCAGGACCUCUUUGGAUUCAGCACAACAGGUCUGAUCGAAAGCCGAGACAUGGAGUGCAAAUGUGACUCUGACGAUGCAGCUUCAGGAUGGCUGAGCAGUGGUAACCGCAGAUGGGGGCUCUCACUGGUGGUGGGGUAUGUCUUCUACAGAUUCUCCCAAACUCUCCCCGCUCUGAUCAGAUGGCGAAUCCGCCUCUUCUGCUCUUUAACUGGUAAGAAAGUCUCACCGAGGGUCCACGGUGACAAAUAUCUAUGA